AUGAAUGGCAGUGGUGCUUCACUUGGUCAAGGCCCGUCAGAUCCCGCAAUAACUUUGAAAGGGUACUACGUACUGCAAAAAAGACUUGAAGGAGUCCAUCUAUUCCCAGAAGGAGUAGACUCUCUAAUAUGGACUCCUCAAAAAACCGGGAUUUUUUCAAUAAAAUCUGCGUGCCUAGAGCUGGCGAAAGCAUCCCCCCACUUAAUGCCGGACCCCAUUAAGGGUAUUUGGAAGGGACUAAUCCCCCCUCGCAUAGAAAUGUUCGCAUGGCUCGCUUUACUAGGCAAGAUCAAUACCAAGGAUAAAUUGGCUCGGAUGGGUAUCAUUAGAGAGGAUGAAAAUCUGUGUGUCCUUUGCGAAUCUUCACCGGAAAAUUACAACCAUCUGCUACUUCACUGUCCUUUUUCUUGGAAAGUGUGGAAUUCAUGGCUUUCUAUAUGGAACUUGAAAUGGACCUUCCCCCCUACUAUUCGCGAAGCAUUUGAUCAAUGGAAAUUUAUCAACAAAGGCUGUUUCUUCAAAAAGGUGUGGGCCGCAAUUUUUUUCAUCCUCAUAUGGACAAUCUGGAAGGAGAGGAACGCAAGAAUUUUCAAUAAUAUUUCAUGUUCACCAAGCCAGAUUUUUGAGCUUGCUCUACUUCGCCUCCGGUGGUGGAUAAGCGGAUGGACGGAACGUUUUCCAUACUCUUUCAAUGACAUCCUUCACAAUCCCUCUUGCUUAAUGUGGGUUGAUUCAUCAAGUGCUUUAACAACACCAAAGCCGCCGAAGCAAAUAAUUCACUGGGAACCUCCUCCGGAAGAUCAUCAAAAAUGGAAUGUGGAUGCAUCGGUUUUUAACUCACCUCACAGGGCAGCAAUUGGAGGGGUCCUCCGCAACAGCAAGGGUAAUUUUACAUGUAUGUUUUCAUCCCCCAUCCCGCCCAUUGAAAUCAAUUAUGCUGAAGUUCUCGCCAUACACCGCGCCAUCCAAAUCUCUCUCAGAUCUCAACCCACACCAAACCAUCCGAUCUUGAUCGAAUCGGACUCACACAAUGCAGUUAAGUGGUCAAAUGAUGAUAAUGGCGGCCCUUGGAAUUUGAACUUCCAACUCAAUUUCAUUAGAAGGGCCAUAAAAGGGGGUAAGGUUCGAAUUAUUCACAGGGGUAGGGGCUCCAAUAUUGUGGCAGAUCUGCUGGCAAAACAAGGGCAUACAAGGUCGGAUGAAUUCAUAGCGUGGAUCUAA